AUGGCUAUUGAUAACCAACUCAGCGCGGGCACGGCGACGACACCCAAGGCGCAACUUCCCAAGGGCAAGACAGAGGUUAAGAUCUUGAUGAUUCAUGGAUACACUCAGUCUGGCGCCCUUUUCCGUGCCAAAACUCGCGCCCUUGAAAAGCUUCUCGCCAAAGUGCUAUCAUCCGUUUCCCUCCAUCCCACGCUGAUCUAUCCUACUGGUCCCAACCGUCUCCUACCUCGGGACAUACCCGGUUUUAUCCCCAAGGAUGAUGGUGAUGACGAUGAACAGGGUGAUUCAUGGGCGUGGUUUCGCAAAGACGAGUCUAGCGGUCAGUACAGGCUCUUUGAUCAGGGCAUGGACACUAUCGCCGCGGUCAUCCGGGAGAGCGGAGGCAUCGAUGGCGUGGUCGGUUUCAGUCAAGGCGGCUUCAUGGCCGGCGCAGUGGCGAGUGCACUUGAAGAGACCAGGGCACCACCCGAGGGACCAGACGGCGACUGGGCGAGGAAACUCAGGGAGGCAAAUGGAGGCAAAGGGCUGAAGUUUGCUGUGCCAUAUUCGGGUUUCUAUGCGCCUGUGGAGUCGUUGCAAUGGCUGUACGAACCCAAGAUCAAGACCCCAACCCUGCAUUACCUGGGAAGCCUGGACACAGUGGUGGAAGAGAGUAGAAGCAUGGGGCUAGUAGACAGAUGUGAGCAGCCUGUGGUGAUCACACAUCCUGGUGGGCAUCACGUCCCUGUGUCAAAGGAGUGGGUGAUGCCGCUGGCUGGUUUCAUCAAGCAGCAUGCCGAGGUGAAGCUGCAGGCUGGCCUAUAG